GUGGUGAACAUCAUAGAGUCAAGAGCACGCUCUGUUGACCUGGCCACUCACAACUAUUACGACUUGCUCUAUGCAUUCCAUAUCUUCAGAGGAAACUUCAGGAAAGCGGCCAGUGUGAUGUAUGAACAUGGUAUGCGUCUGGGUCAGGAACUGCCAGGUGUGAAGGGUUUGCAGAAGAAGGCCAAGUGUUACCUGGCCUGCAUCCACUCCCUGGGGCUGGUAGACCCCAAGUAUGCCUGGAUUGUCAAACCUGUGCCUCUCAGCAGAAGAAUGGAUGAGGAAUUGCCUGGUGUCUCACCAAAGAGAGACCUUGAAGGAGAGGAGAGGGAGAGAGUUAACCAAAAAAUGGAGGUUAUAGAGUUACCUGAUAUAGAAAAGGAGUACAGAUUGGUACAUGCUAGACUGAAGCUGCUGCAGAAAGGAGAUGACCCAGCAUUAGCAGCAGGACCCUCUUUGUCUGCCUCAGAGACAGUUGGACUGCUUGUCAGUGCAGGCUUGUUUGAUGACGCUGUCAAUGUGUGCAAGCUGUUUAAGAUGUCUCUAACUCAAGUAUUUGAAGGGCUGGCUUUAAGGUGUAUCAAUCUGUCUCAACAUAAUUAUCAAAAAGAUGUGGAUUUUACCACUGAAACCUGGGGCUGGCUGGCUGCCAAUGACACGGGCAAUGUGAAUUCUGGCAAAGAAACAAGUGCUGCUGAUCAAGCAUGGAAACUUCUCCAGACAUAUUUAGCCAAGCAUGAAGACGGCUCGUCCAGAUAUCACCGCUGUGUGGCCAUCAAGCUCCUUGGCCAUGGUUACAAUCUACCAGACUGGAUGCUGGUGUCCUAUAAGGUGGUGAAUGCUCCAGAACUUAUACGUUUAUAUAUUGAUUAUGACUUACUUGAAGAGGCAACCUACUUGGCUAUGGACUACAUAGAUGCAGUCAUGGGUAAAGGAAAGGAAUAUUUUGGGUUAAAGACCUCCCUCAAUGUGACUUCCCCCAGUGUCUGGUUGCCAUAUACUAGUAUAGAUCAGCUUCUUCAUGCACUGAGAGAGGUACAUACAGACAACACUUAUCUUCAGCUUUACCAAGAACUUUCAGAAAAGUUAGAUAUUUAUCACCACAAUGUGGAGAGAAUUUCAAGAGACAGAAUCGAUGCUGCAACAAGGAGAGCCAGUAUGAGAUUGAGCAGCUUGCACUGAUCUUUGAUUCUGAAAUCAUUUCCUGGGUUCAGGAAAUUUGAGUUCCUUAUCUCCAUUUCGAAAGGAUAAAAGACUUGAAUGUCAUUUUCUACAUGUACAAAAAACUGUAUCAAGUUACCAAAAGUCACCAAAACAACUUCCAGGUAUUUGUGUUUGUAGUACCAUCUCAUCUGUACUGCAUUUAUUUCAUUGAAAUUUAUGAAAAUUAAAACAAUAUUGAUAAUAGUGUACAAAUCAUGUUUGUAAAAAUGUCAAUAGAUAUAUUUUACCCACCACUUAGGUAGGGCUUUUUCAAAUAAAUAAUUAAAUA